CUAGCAAUGGCGAUGUCAGUGUAUCUGUGUUUGAGGGUGGUGAAGUUACGUUGUGAAGUGCCUCCUAAAUAAUAGUGUGUGAUAAACGUCUCCAGGUGUAGUAAAUGAAGUCCAGUAUGCUAUUUAACCAUACGAUCAUUGUGUUCAUUGCGUCAGAGGGAAUAUCUAGGGUUUUGUUGUCACCGGCCGCCAUGCUCAAACAAUAACGAUCGUAGUUUGAGGGAUGUGUGUCAAAUAUUUGUAUGUUUAAAUUUGAGAAACAUAAGUUGAAGCGUUGCUAUGAAUUCGAAAACUGAUGUGAAUCGGAGAGUAUUUGCUAUUAAAGCUAAAAAGAAACGCCCGAAACCUGGUAAAAGAAAAGGAAAAAAUGAAAGAGAUGGAAGAGCAUACUCAAAUAAAGUAGAACCAUCUCAUUCGUCUUCAAACGAAACUAUAGAAGAUGAAGAUGAUUAUUUCAGCUCCGACGAUGAUGAGCAGGAGGAUCCUGCAGAUUAUUGCAAAGGUGGUUACCAUCCAGUCAAAAUAGGUGAUUUGUUUAACGGAAGAUAUCGUGUCACACGAAAGUUAGGUUGGGGUCAUUUUUCAACUGUAUGGCUUUGUUGGGAUCUGUAUGACAAGAAAUUUGUGGCAUUGAAAGUUGUGAAGAGUGCUUCACAUUUCACGGAGACUGCCUUAGAUGAAAUAAAACUGUUGAAAGUCGUGCGGGAAAGUGAUGUUAACGAUCAUAAACGAAACAAAACAGUACAACUCUUGGACGAUUUUAAAAUAAGUGGUGUUAAUGGAACACACGUGUGUAUGGUAUUCGAAGUUCUUGGUCAUAAUUUGUUAAAAUUAAUCAUCAGAAGUAACUACCAUGGCAUUCCAACAGAGAAUGUAAAAUCUAUUAUUCGACAAGUAUUAGAAGGUUUGGACUACUUACAUACCAAAUGUAAAAUUAUUCAUACUGAUAUAAAACCUGAAAACGUUUUGGUAUGUGUAGACGAAAAUUAUAUUAGGAGACUUGCCUGCGAGGCUACAGAACUUCAUACAAUGGGCCUUAAACUGCCUGUAUCAUUAGUCAGCACUGCACCAAGGGAGGAACCGGAUCCAAAUGUAAAAAUGUCAAAAAAUAAGAAGAAGAAAUUAAAAAAGAAAGCAAAGCGCCAGACUGAACUGCUGAGAAAGCAAAUGGAACAGAUCGAAGAGACUGAAGAACAGAAGAGGAGAGAGAUGGCACUGGAAUUGGAGUGCCAGUCACCAGAAGAUAAUAGAGAAUCUGCUGAAACUCAGUCUGAGGUGUUUGAUGAGGUGCAUGAUGAAGAUGAUGAUGAUGCCAGCUCAAAGGUAAUAGACACUGCAUAUCAAAAUGGGAUAGAUAAAAAAGAACACAGCAAGUCAAUGGGAGAUGGUGCUGCAGAAGAGACCUCAAGUUCUGAUUCUCAGAAGCUGUGUAACUCAGAAAAAUGUGAUGAAGGAGCUGGUGAGAGUGGAACAUGUCCUGUUAAUAAAACAACAAGAAAGAAAGAAACAAAAUCUGUUACUGGUAGACCAUCCCGCCAAUCUUCUGGGUAUACAUCAUUUAGUCAUGAUGCAAAACCUGAACUGGACCCAGCAUUUGUGGUGUGUGAUAUUGAAGUAAAAAUAGCAGAUUUAGGAAAUGCUUGCUGGACUUACCGUCAUUUCACAGAGGACAUACAAACACGCCAGUAUCGUUCAUUGGAGGUCCUUCUGGGAGCUGGAUAUGGCACGUCUGCAGAUAUCUGGAGUACAGCAUGCAUGGCAUUUGAACUUGCUACAGGGGAUUAUCUCUUUGAGCCACAUUCAGGGGAAGACUAUUCUCGUGAUGAAGAUCAUUUGGCUCAUAUUAUUGAACUUUUGGGUGAAAUACCUCGAAGGAUAGCUAUGUCUGGCAAACAUUCCCGCCAGUUCUUUAAUAAAAAAUGUGAUUUGCGCCGAAUCUCGGGUUUGAAGCCGUGGGGACUUUUUGAAGUCUUAACUGAAAAAUACGAUUGGGACCCAAAGGAAGCAAGAGAAUUCACAGCUUUUCUUCGCCCUAUGCUGGACUUUGAUCCAGAACGUCGUGCAACUGCUGCAGAAUGCUUGAAACAUCCCUGGCUAAAUUAG